GUGUACACAAAGCAGGAAGUAUUCCGGUUUUCUGGUGCUGGAGAUAAAAUAAAUAGGAGUCUGAAGAAUGUUGGAGGGAUACAGUCCAGUGGUACAGUCCCUCUUUGGAACUCUCUUCACGUGGGGACUGACAGCUGCUGGCUCAGCAUUAGUUUUUAUCUUCUCCACUGGUCAGAGACGGAUUCUGGAUGGAAGUUUAGGAUUUGCAGCUGGGGUUAUGCUGGCGGCUUCCUACUGGUCACUUCUUGCCCCUGCUAUCGAGAUGGCUGAGGCAUCUGACAAAUACGGCUCCUUUGCCUUCCUCCCAGCAGCCAUUGGUUUUACAGUGGGAGCAGGAUUUGUAUAUUUGGCUGACCAGCUGCUCCCGUUUUUGGGAGUAGGAGAGGAUCCAUUAACCAUGGCCGCCCUGAAUCACGACUGCAAACCAGUCAAGGAAAAGGAUGAGGGAGAUACAUAUGAGGAGAGAGAACUGAGCAUCAGGAUAGGUAGAGCUGCUUCUCACACAGACAAAAUUGAAUAUGGAGAAGUGUACCAGAGGAAAAAGGGGGCAAACCUUCCAUUGGCUGAGGACUCAUCUCUGUUACAGCCCAGGGGAACCCCACAGAAGUUGGAGAGCAGCUGGAGACGGAUCUUGCUUCUCAUCCUAGCAAUUACAAUCCAUAAUAUUCCAGAGGGGCUGGCGGUGGGAGUAGGUUUUGGAGCCAUAGGGAAGACGGCAUCGGCAACCUUUGAAAGCGCCAGAAACCUAGCCAUUGGAAUAGGGAUACAGAAUUUCCCAGAAGGUCUGGCAGUGAGCCUUCCAUUACGCGGUGCUGGACUAUCGACUUGGAAGGCUUUCUGGUAUGGACAGCUGAGUGGUACAGUGGAGCCCAUUUUUGGGAUAUUGGGAGCCAUUUCUGUUUCCAUUGCAGAACCAAUCCUGCCAUAUGCUUUGGCCUUUGCUGCAGGAGCAAUGGUAUAUGUGGUUACAGAUGACAUAAUUCCUGAAGCUCAGACUGGGGGUAAUGGAAAGUUGGCCUCAUGGACCUGCAUCCUGGGCUUUGUGGUUAUGAUGUCUCUAGAUGUUGGUCUUGGUUAAUACACUUCUGAUGAAGACAGACACAGAAGACAUUCCUGUGAGAAGAAAGGUGCUGCGCGCUUUAUACUUCAGGAACAAAAGCAUUCAUAGUUUACAUUUUUUAUUUUUUAACGAUGAUUACUGGUAUCUAUUUAUCUCAUUAAAUUUUUAUUGAUGAAUAAUUGAUUCAAAUGAAAAGGGCAACUCUUUGUAGUCAUGUGGUGCAAGAUAUUGACUGUACCACUUUUGAAAGCUGUAUGACAUAAUAGUCUUUGCCUAAUGAAAUCUGUUGAUCAGCUUAAUGUUUGUAAAUGUUCACUCUGGACUUAGGUGGUAGCAGGAUAUAAAUCGUAGUAUGUGGUGGUGUGAAAAGAGGGCAUCUGAAAAUACUAACUGCUCAGUCUUCUUAUGGCUAAACAGAACACAAUGGCUUACCUGCUUUCUGAAUGUUUCGUAAUCCAAUUUCUCCAUUACUAUAAAAUGACAUUGUUUUACGAAUAUGAAUCCUAGUAUUUUUUCCACUAAGGGUUCAUUUUUUUAUCCUUAUUUUUAUAGUUGGCCAAGGCAGAUACAUUAUGUCCUAAACUUGGCUUGGUUGAUAAUGCAGAUGUAGAUGUUUGUACAACUUCAGCUCUUCAUAACUCCUCUCCAUGUUCAUGUUAAAUGGACAUUCCUAUUAUGUUUGAAGUCAGCCAUUUUGUAGUAUUUACCUUGUCUCAAGAACUGGACUUAAUGCUCUCUGUAAGAUUGCACUAGUGUUUCUGAAAGCUUCAUUACUGGCACGUUGAGUGUCUACAGAGAAAUAAGCUUAUCUUAAAACAUGACUGACAUUUCACUUUAUCCUCUAGUGGAUUUACAUGUUUUUUGUUCUGUAUUUGGACAAAAAUUCAGUUUUUAAAAUAAAUUAUGAUUGAAGUUUAGAUCACAAAUUAUAUUUUUUUUAUCUAUGUCUUAAUGCUUUCAUUCCACACAUAAUGUAUAUGUCAUCCUUAGUAGGAUUUGUUUUAUUAAUAAUUGAUUGGUUUACAGUUAUAUAAAUCGUAUAUAAUUCAUGUUAUUUAGUUUUAUUUGAGUCUAAUCCUAAACACUGUGUCUAUUAGUCUUCCAUAUAUGUCUGUGGAUGGUGCUUGAUGUGGGUAAAAAGUUUAGCCUAAUUAGGCUAAAUCCUGCUAGAGAACCACUUUACUCGGGUGAUAUUGCUGGUUGUCUUUUGGAGAAGGUGCUUGUAUAAUUACUAUACAAUAAAGUAAAAUUUUACCAGAAUAUUGAUGGCCUGGUAUGUUGGAUGAUUAUUGAGAAAUAAUUUGAUGUAUACAUGUUUGCUUUGUAAUUAAAAUAAUCUCCCGGAAACAAAAUAAAUUGAUUGAAACAAAAACAA